GCCUCAUUGUGAGGUGGUCUGAGAUCUCGCUGGUUGCCGUCAUAACAGUGAGAGCCGCGCUUUGGUGCACAGCGCAUGCGCCUACAACUGGCGCCGGAAGGCUCUUUUUCAAAAUCGACGAGCCUUUAAAUAAAAAUUGUGAUUUGUUAGAUUGGUAUAUCAAAUUGAUGCCAAAGUACUUAGUGCCUAGUAAAUCUCGUUUCUUAUACUAGUUUUUUGAGUGAAAGGACGGAGGACCAGCCUCUAGAACGAGUACCGUCUUCGUCGUGUUUGAAUAUACUUUAUGGGAUCAUAACACUCAAUUUUCGGCUCUUCUGUGAAAAUAAGCUCAAAACAUGGACACAUUCGAAGACAAUAACGCACGGUUCAAAGAAGGUAAUAUGGUGGAGUCAACCGCCGACCCGAGCGUAUCCGUGAUCGCAGAAGAGGUCCCGGCUCUCACCGUGGCUACAAUUCUGGGUGUGACAGUUGUAAUCCUCAUCGCCAUUAUCGUGGUCUUCGUUUUAGGAGUACUCAUCGAUUGGCGCCAGCAGCGGCUGAUGGACAAGAAGAUAGGUGAAGUGAAAAAGUUGAAAAACCAUAGAAAAAAGAACACUAAUGCCGAUCUCGAUGUGGUUAGCAUAGCGAACAAUAUGGAGGAACCAAGCGUCAGUGCAGCUCCGGCCGAAUCUCUAAGACAUUUGCCAUAAAAAGUUUUAUAUUGACUUCAUUGAAUUAUUAACAUUUUUGCUAUGUCAAUGAUGCACUGUGCGUAGGUAGGUACCUAUAGAUCUUUUGUCUUGUAAGUCAUAACAAGGCAUCGACCGAAGUGAAUUGUUUUACAACGACAAUUUAAACAUUUUGUUUCACCAGCUGAAACGUUAUACAAAAGUACCUAUCUAUAAACCUCAUUUUAUUUUACAACAUUAAUACGAGUGUUAUCUAUUCUUAAACAUACCUAUCUACGGGUACCCUAAUAGGUGCCUAUACCUAAUAAUUUUAUUAUGUAAAGAAUAUGAGUUACCCAGACAGUGCGAUGUGUUACGUGUGUGCGUUUGUUGUAAAUCUGCUCCAUUUCCAGAAAUUCUGGUCGAGUGAAGCCGAACACAUUGACAACGAACAGACGUACAGACAGACAAACAUUAAUUUGUAUAUUUAGGCCUUUAUAAUAUGAACUCUCACGUAUCUCACACAUGAAUCUAGCUUCUCUACAACCACACGAACCUAAGGACCCCACCAAGGCCGCCUCUCACAUCAUCGAUGUCCCACAUCUUCAUAUGAAUAUAAACCAGUCGUCCCUGGAGUAGUAAUAAUAAUCGGGUUUUUGUGUAGGUACCUACCUACACUAUGGUGUCGUCUGACUGAAUUAACUUUAAAGUUUUCAAAAAC